GUUGCGCGGCUGCUGCUUGUGCUGUAAACUUCAAACUAACGGCAACUAUUUUAAAACACGAUUCCCCCUUUCGAGGUCCAGGUGGCAACACUGACGGUGCAAGAUGUCCGUGGCAGGAUUUAAGAAGCAAUUCUACAAAGCCAGUCAGAUGGUGAGUGAGAAGGUUGGAGGUGCAGAGGGAACCAAACUGGAUGAAGACUUCAAGGACCUUGAAAGGAGAGCAGACAUUACCAGCAAAGCUGUGGUGGAAGUCCUCAAUAAAACAUCCGAGUACCUCCAGCCCAACCCUGCAACAAGAGCUAAGCUCUCCAUGCUCAACACGGUGUCCAAAAUGCGUGGACAAGUCAACAAUCCUGGCUACCCCCAGCCUGAGGGCCUCCUGGGGGAGUGCAUGACAAAGUAUGGACGGGACAUGGGCGAGGAGACCAACUUUGGUGGGGCUCUAACAGACAUUGGAGAGACUAUGAAAAGGAUGGCUGAGGUCAAGGACUCUCUGGAUAUUGAUGUGAAGCAGAACUUUAUUGACCCACUGCAGGCAGUUGCCGAGAAGGAUAUUAAAGACAUUCAGCACCACCUAAAGAAGCUGGAGGGCCGUCGUCUCGACUAUGAUUAUAAAAAGAAACGUCAAGGUAAAAUCCCAGAUGAAGAGAUCAGACAGGCCCUGGAGAAGUUCCAUGAGUCCAAAGAGAUGGCUGAGAGCUCCAUGUACAACCUACUGGAAACAGAUGUGGAGCAGGUGAGUCAGCUGUCUUCUUUUGUGGAGUCUCUUCUGCAGUACCACAAACAGGCUUCAGAGAUCCUCAUGGAGCUCUCGGCCAAACUGAGCGAAAGGGUGAAUGACGCUCAGUCUCGUCCAAAACGUGAAUUCACACCCAGACCUAAACCAGUCUAUGACUAUGGAGAGGUAGAACACUCUAAUGGAGGAUACCCACCAGCUGCAACGACCCCUCCAGCUUACUCUUCUGCUGAGCCGUGCUGUAAAGCUCUGUACGACUUUGAGCCCGAGAACGAAGGCGAGCUGGGCUUCCACGAGGGUGACAUCAUCACCUUGGUCAAUCGAAUUGAUGAGAACUGGUUUGAGGGAGCCAUUCGUGGCAAAACAGGAUACUUCCCCAACAACUACGUUGAAGUGAUGGUACCUCUGCAACACUGAGAACGGCAAAGCAAGAGGGAAAUUGCAAGAUGGAGAGGAUAAAUAUGUGGAUGAAUGGAAGUGGAUUAUCUCUCAAUAAUCAAAAAAUCAAAUCUUUAUUGUGAUUAAAAGGUAAACCAAGAGAGGGACCUAAUUUGUAACGAUUAGUUAUUUUGAGUAAAGGGCCUUUUUUUUUUUUUUGUGUCAGAUUCUGUCAAACUUUUUUUUUUUUUACUGAAAGAAGAGAGGGAUAUUCAGUCAAGAAAUGGCACCGCAGUGUGAGCAUUUACUAUAACCCGAGUAUUUACAUUCAUGCUCUAUGCACCUGUGCACUUUCUAAACUACACCUCCACCUGACGGAGCAAGGUCGAGAGAGAAUGACAUCUUUCACGCCACGCUCGGCUGAAUCCACUAAGAAGUGCAAGUAAUUUUUCUGUUCUCCUAACCUAUUUGAUAUUCACAGGAGGACUUUUUUUGUUCUAUGUAUUGUUGAUAUUGGUACUACACACAUGCAAGUAUACGCGUGUAUUUUUCUAAACACCGUCUUUGACAAUCCCAGUUUUCACUUCGGUGCCUUCUGGCUUUAGUUCUGUUGUCUCCAAGGACUAGUGUGAGUCAACAUGGAGGGGGGGCCGCCCUCUGGCGAUGUUUGAGACAAUGCUCCACCGCCCUCUGGUGGUGCUAAAGAUCACUCCGAGCUAUUGUUUUGGGUGCCACUGUCAUGUGGCCUCCAGCUCUUCCCAAAUCCAUGUUUGGUGUUUUAGUGUGGACUUUCAUUUCUUCUAAAUAGCUGGAGCCAGUCAACAGGUAACAUCGACUGACUGCUGUAUGAAAUGUGUUUUCAUUAGUCCGCCACUACCAAUCGGAUAAACUGUGGCCGUUUGUUUAAGACCAAAAAGUAGUUUUAUAGUCUAUUCCAAAGGGCUGGAGGGUUUCCUUAAAUAUGCUUUAAUCACAUCAAUUUUUGCUACUUAAUGAUUUACAAACCUUAAAUUUACUGACAGCCCUUUCAAUGUUUCUACCUGCACUCCACUCUUCACUUAAAGCUUAUUAUUCCCACCUUCGACGAGACCGCUGGUGUUCAUUUAAUGAAACGCGUUUUAAUACAGCCUAAUGCCUGCCAGUCUGCUAAAUUGAUAUUAUUUUCAAACACGUUUUCCUUUAUACACUUCAAAUUUUAAAGAAGAAACUUUGGUUUUCCAAUUGAGGUUAACCCACAACAAUGCAACUUUAUCCCCCACACACACACACACACAAACUUCAUUACACUAAACCCAUAAGCGUCCUUCAGUUCCUCUGUUUUCUCAGGCUGUAUUGAUACUGCUGGCAGUGUCGCGCACAAUGUUUUUGUGGGCUUUUUACCCAACUGUUUGACAAUGAAUUUCAGUCUGUUUUUGUUUCCCCCCCAUAGUGCUGGGGUAAGCUCGACUUUAGUAUUCUAACCUAUAAUUUGGAGCAUGUAAAUUACUCUGUGUUUUGUACCUGCCUCAGAUUUCAGGCUGAACUGCACCAAAUACUGCAUAACUAUCACCAAACAGUCGGGUACCGAAUUUACUAAUGAUGAGGAAGGCCUCUGCACAAUAGCCAGUUUCAGUUUCAAUUAAGUCUUUUACAAUCGGACUAUGGGCUGUGAGGGUUUGUGCCGUUCACUAAAAUACCAACUUUCUCUUCCUGUCAUGAUCCCCUUGUUCGACCCCAGCUCUCCACUCAUCUCUGUUUGAACUGGGAACAGACAGGUCUUUUCAGAAGGGAGGCUCACAGUGGAUUAUGCCCUCCCUCCCCCACUAGCCUUUAUUCACCACCUGCCCCUGUACCCCCACCCCCUUUCUCAUUAUCUGCCCCAUCCCAACCCCAUGGUGCCUCUGGAGUCUCCUGGUCCACUCCUGGAAUAAUCUCCUUUUCUUUCUUUUUUUCAUCAGUCAGUGCCUCGUACAUGUUGUGUUUGCAUGUCUCCAAUGUUAGGCAUGUUCUGUAUAGGGGUGUCGUCUUUGGCUGUGUGGUUCAGGUGUGGGUUCACAUGCCUCAUUACACUAAAUAAAAAGCCCUGAGUUUGAUGGAGGGUCAGGGGUUCAGGUUGAGCUAUUAUGCAGCUUGUAUAAUGUUGUAGUGCAAAGGGCUAAGAUAUUUGUUUGUGUGCUGCUGCAUCUGAAACGGUUGUCUUAAUGCCGCGGCUGACAUUUAUUGCAACACUACAGUCUGUGAUUUCUCGUAUUGCAUCCAUAACCUUGAGUCUCAACUAUGCAAUAUUGAUAAAUGAAGUAUUAUCUGAUUUUUAAGCUUUAUUUUAUGAUGCACAGUCCUAAUGGAAUACUCUGUGUUCAAACGUAACUGCUUUGCAUGAGUCUUCAUUGCAGCCUCUGUGUCUUACGCAAUGCCUUAUUUUUGUAACUGUGACACUGUGGGAAAGGCUAAAAGUGGGAUUAUCCUGGAUUGGUUUUUAGGAUAUAUGGAUUACCUCUGUACUAAAUGUAAUCAUCUGUCUAUUGUAUACUUUUCUUACCUUGUAAAGAAAAAUGAAUGCUGCAUUCACUUCUUCUAAUAAAUAUUAAGUAAUGUG